AUGGAACCUUCAACCGCUCAAAAUCUCUACUUACACAACACUCCAUCACAUUUGAAUGAAGUGAAUCCGUCAACGAGUGAACAGAAGCGAAACCUUGAGGAGCUCGACUUUGCCGCUCUUCAAGAGCAAAUUGCUUUCGGACCACCUCAGGCGUCAGAACAACGAAAAGUUCGACUCGAAGAAGGGAGAACGAUAAGCCAACUUUCCGGGACAUCAAAACUUAGCAACGAGUCGACUUUUUCAACGAUUUCCCGAGUAUCGAGAAUUGGUUCUCUGAGUAUUCUCCUAAUUGCCAUUUUAUCAACGUUCAUUACCGGUCUCAUCUUUUUGAUUGUUGCUCUUUGUAUCAUUCAUAUA